GGCCGCACGGUACGCCGUUAUAAUACUAUUGCCGUUAUCGUUUUACAUAUGCCGACUGACUGACCGCGCACAGCAACAGUAUAUUAUCAUUACACUUGAGAUAAUAUCAUCGUCGUUCUAGCGCCGCCUUCCUCAGCAGUGCCCAUAUAAUACAUUACCGUUUUCGUCGCGAUCGCCCGUUCCGUCCGCGUUAAUUUUUCGUGCCGCGAGUUUCGUGCUAGUUUUUCUUUUUACCUGCGAGUUUCGCGCGCGCGCCCGCUACGGUGGUAUGCGCCGACCCUGUCGCCACUGCGGGACGAAGUGAUGUUAUCGAUGAACAGGCCUAUUAUCUAUCAGACGACAAACAUGGGAAUGCACAACAACACGUGCGGCGGCGGUGCGGUCAACGGUGGCGUCGGCGUCGGCGGCAGUGGCGACAUGAUGUCGUACGCUACGCACACGCCGGCGGCCGCGGCCGACGAUUAUUACGGCGGUGCCAGCGGACUGGUGGCCGACUACGACCUGCCGCAGUGUCUGGGCGGCCGGCCGCCACUGGAACCUGCGUACGCGGCCGAGUGCGGCGUUUACUACGAGAAGAACGCGUCGGCGGCCGAUUACCGUUCGUAUUACGGUGGUGGCGGCGACGGCGCUUACGAUCAGCUGGCGGCCGACGUAGGCGUUGGCACUUACCAUGCCCAUCACCAACACCACCACCAUCACCACCAGCACCACCACCAACACGACCAUCACAACCACCAACACUCGUUGCAGUCGGCCGAAGCGGCCGUCAUCAUCACGUCGUCGGACGGUCUGAGCUAUACAAACUUGGACUGUAACGGCAUCGCAGCCGCCGUACACGGACAAGACUAUGGCGCGUAUUCGGACGAUGGUAGUGUCGGAGGCGGCGGUGGCAGCGGCGGUUACAACGGUUACGGUGGUCAUCACCAUCGGGAUAACAACGCUGUCCGUAACGAGUCGUAUUGUGGUGGCGGCGGUGCGUCCGUGGACAACGCGUUCUUCAACAUGCACCUGAACCACAACAACGAACACCCGGCCGCUGGACGACAAGCGGUGCAGCAGCCGCGACCGCCGUCCGCGCAACCUCCACCGCCACCAGUCCAGUCGUCCGCUCAAACCUCGGCCACCGUGGCCGCGGUACCGCUUCAACUACAGACCGCGCCGACGUCCGGUGACGAUCGGUGUCCACGCGUCAUCAAGCAGGAGGCGUCCUCCGGCGGCCAGUGUUACGGCGGCCGAGACGGUACGUCACCGUACAGUGACGACGCGUCUGCGUACCACGCCACGUUGAUCGCCGGCCAACCGCAGCAACACGUCCAGCAGCAACAGCAACAUCACCACCACAUUCAUCACCAACAGCAGCAUCACCAACACCAGCACCACCAACCGCAGCAGCAGCAGCAGCAGCAGCAACAACAACAGCAGCAGCAACAACACUGUGGCCGGCAAAACAGCGGUGGCCAGCAAAAGCACGGAGCCGCUGCCGCCGCAGCCGCAGCAGCCGUCCAGACGGCCGUACCCACUUACAAGUGGAUGCAAGUCAAACGAAAUGUUCCUAAACCAGCUGUGAUGAAAACCGAAUACCAUCAUCACCAUCAGCACCAAAUGCAGGCGGCCAACACGGCGGCGGUGGCGUUCGGCGGCACUCAGUCUAUGAUGUCGGCGGCCGGUCACCACCAAGGCCUGCAGAUAUCGGCUGCGGACGCGUCUCGCGUCGGCGGCGGCGGCGGUGGACAGCAACAACAGCAGCUGCAAAACAUGUUGAACCAGUCACCGGUUUCCGUGACCCGUUCGCAGGCAAUCGGCGGCGGCGGUGGCGGUUGCGGCGGCAGCAGCGCGGCCAUGAUGCUGAUGAACAACACUGGCCGGACAAACUUCACCAACAAGCAGCUCACCGAGCUGGAGAAGGAGUUCCACUUCAACCGGUACCUCACGCGGGCCCGGCGGAUCGAGAUCGCGUCCGCGCUGCAGCUCAACGAGACUCAAGUGAAGAUAUGGUUCCAAAACCGGCGGAUGAAACAGAAGAAACGGCAGCGGGAGGGCUUGCUGCCGGUGGCCCAGCAACAGCACCACCUACAGCAACAGCAACAGCAGGAGACCAUGCACCUGAGCGGCGCGAGCAGCACCAGCAACUCGCCGACCGCGUCCUCGAACGUGUAAUGUCCGGACCACUGAGCACAGGAUCCAGUGGCCGCGAGUUAUAAAAUAAUAUGAAAGCGUGUGACCCAGCGGCACACAUUACCUCAUACCCGUGUACUAAUCCUUUGACGACCGUUUUUAGAGGUUGUGCCGACGCGCGUUUCAUCAUAAAAUUUGCUCAUCAAAGGGUUAUCAUACGAGACGACGAUAGAUCAAAUUGUGCGCGCUGUUGUGAUCCGAUUGUGAAACGUACACACGCGUAUACAUCUACGUAGACGUCCGCCGCCCGCGCGUCCCCGUCGUUGUAGAUUCCGCGACACCGUAGCCUGUAAUCGAAUAAUAACAUACCGUCCGUUGGUACUAUAUCAUAACGAAUCUGAUGUACACGCUUUUUUAUCUAUCCGAUUUUCUAUCUCAUAUUUUCUGGUAAUCUGGCAUAUGUUGAAUCUGAUCGCCAAACUCUAAUCUAACCCUCUAUCAUGUACCUCGAAAUAUAUGCAAUAGAAAUAUGGCAUAUUGUAAUGUAAUGGUACUAUAAAACGUGUGGUUGUGUAUAAAAAUUAUUGUUGUGUUUUGUGACUGGCGCCCGUUGAAGAAUAAUAAAACGAUUUGAGUAAUAGAUCGAAAACCAUGAUGUGUUACACUACAUUGUGAAAAUAAAAUAUUAUAUUUAAAAAUUAUGCAAUGUUAAUGCAUACAACAAAAUUAUACAACUAUGUGAUAAAAAUUAAAUUAAAACUAAAAACAAAAUAUCUUCAAUUCCGACGUCUAAUAUACAGUGAGUGUAUACUGAUAUCGAUCAAGAGUAUUUUUUUUUUCUAAUAUGCCAAACAGUCGCAAAAUAUCGAAAAACAUAACUUAUAUAUUAAAAGUAACAUUUUGAGUUAUAUUUUUUUUAUUGACUUACUAUAAUACAUUUGUUAUUUUAUUUAGCUAGGCACAUUAAUUAAGUGUAAUUGAAAGCAUUUUAUGAAAACACACGAAAGUGCUAGAAAAUCGUUCAUCGUAUAUCAAUUAUCAAUUACGUAUUUAUACAUAAUUAUAUGGUAUUUGUUAAAUUUUAUCAGUAUGGAAAAUAAUAAAUUCAUAUUAUUCAUUUAUAAAUCACAAAAACGAGUUUAUCUGCUAUUAAUUGAAGAAAUCAUAAAAGUAUAAUUUUAAUAAUCACUAUUAUUGUAUAGUAUUAUAGCAUAAAAGUGAUAAACAAUGUAUUACCACAUUUCACAAUCGGCGAUCAAAACGCGCUUUUUAACAAUUAAUCUGUUAUUGUAUGAUGGCGGUCGCGUU